CUGGGACACAGCUUCAUAUGCUGGAAUCUCAGGCGAAGCAAUAAGUGGGGCCCCUGCGUUUCAGGCAGCAACAUCCCAUGGAAGGUUGCGAAAAUGCGCAUGCUCAAUGAAGCCGACGAUAAUGAUGUAUCAGUCUCUUGGGCAGAUCAGCAGCGCAUCAACAAAUUCUCCCGCACGAUCUCCAAGCUGCAAGAUGUCGAGUAUGACCUGAAGCUGAAGCGGGACGAAAAGGAGGCGCUGGAUGAUCUGGCUAUGGAGUUCGAGCUGGUCGACGAGGACGACAAGGUUCUGUACAAGAUCGGAUCAACAUUCGUACAUGUGCCUCAAGCACAGGCGCUAGAGAUGCUGGAGAGGGACAACAAGAAGGUCGAGGAAGAGAUCGAACAGCUCGGCUCAGCAGCCGACUCUUGUAACGAGGAGAUGAAGAAACUAAAAGUCGAAUUGUACGCCAAGUUUGGGAACAACAUCAACCUCGAAAGAGACUGAAAUAUUGACGCUCAUCGCAUGGAGCCAUGCACGCAUAAUUCUGUAGACGGCCGCCUGCCAUCACUGUAUCAUAUCUCCACCCGACUCAUAUGCAUGUUUAAAAGA